CUUAGCCAAGUAUAUUUCUAUUUCUCUUUGUGUUGUCUUUCUACCUAAAGUACUGAGAGAGACAUGGCAGCCAUAAUGACAGCUCUUCUAGUUCUUCUGAUGGCAGCUCCGGCGGUUUACGCGGCACAGUACACUGUCGGCGACGCUUCAGGUUGGAAUUCCGGAGUGGAUUAUGCCACUUGGACUUCUGAUAAGACCUUCAGAGUUGGCGACACUCUUGUGUUCAACUACGACAGCUCCCACACAGUGGACGAAGUGAAUGAAAACGGCUAUAACGAUUGUAGCUCCGCCAAUGUUUUAAAGUCGUAUGCCGGUACGACAGCGACCAUCAAGCUGUCGAAGACGGGUACAGUGUACUUCAUAUGCCCUACUCCUGGCCAUUGCUCUGGGGGAAUGAAGCUCAAAGUGGACGUUAAGGAAGCUAGCACCCCCUCUGGAAGCCCUUCUACUACUCCAACCUCAUCGUCUCCGCCGCCUCCAUCAGGCUCAAGUUCUUCCGAAAACCCCCCGCCGCCUCCGUCCCCCAGUGGAGCAGCGAGUAUUGUUGGUAACAUGAAUCUGGUUGGGGGUUCAGUUGUGCUGCCUACCUUAUUGGUUCACUUAAUCAUGGGCUAGGGAAGAGGCAGUGCUAUAAUUUGUUUAGGCAAAUAAUUGGUGUUUUCUUUUAUUUGAAAUUGUGUGAUUUUCACAGAUGUUGACUUUAUGUACAUCAUAAUAUAUGAUUAAUUUAUGAAGGAUUAAAUUUCUGUUUA